GAAGAAGCCCCCGGGGAGCCCUGCCCGCAGCAGGAGCCAUGCGGGCAGGCCGCUGGUAGUGCUCCGCUGCCAGGUGCUGCUACCACUGCCGCCGCCGCUGCUGGCGGCGCCCCUGGUCCGGUGGUUGACGUGGCAGUGCUGAAGCUGACUCCUGAGAAGGGGUGUGCGCUGGUGGUGGAGCUGGCGAGGAGGCUGGCGGGCAGGGGCGUGAGGUUCCGGGUGGUGGCAGGCGACCCCGCCGUAGCUGCGGCACUAGCACCGUUCACCGCUGUGGGUGUUGCAGCCGCAGCCGCAGCAGCAGCAGUAACCGCCGCCAAGUUAUCAUCAACAGCUGCCCAGACCGGCGCCGACACCCUUUCUCCUACUCCUCCCCCUCCUUCUCUUGCUCCUCCUCCUCCUCCUCCUCCUGCGGCCCCCAGCGUGGAGCUGUGGUCCCCGCAGCCUGGGGUGGACCCGGUGCUGCGGGGCUGCGUGGCGGUGCUGGCUCCCUCCUGCUGGCUGGAGGCGUGGGGCAUGGUGGUGACGGAGGCGCUGCUGCGGGGGCUGCCGGCGCUCGUCAGCGACCUGGGCGGGCUGCCGGAGGCGGGCAUGGGCGUGUGUCCGCGCCUGCCUGUGGCUCCCAUUGAGAUACCGCUGGAUGGCGCAGGGGUGCCCAAUUGGUCCGCGCGGCGCUUCCCGCGGCAGCAUGUGGAGCGCUGGGAGGCGACGCUGCUG